AUGGGAAACUCGGCUAGUAAAAAAGGUGACAAUCAGGUAGAUAGUAAGUACACUUGUGUCAGUGGAAUAUACAAAGAUUGUGAAUGGGAUCCAAAGACAGUUAGAAAGUUGAUUCUCGACAAGAAGUUGUCUCCCUUAUAUCCUGCUGUCGAGAGUGAGAAUCCAUCACUCGAAGAAUGUCCAAUUUGUUUACUUAAACCAACGGCUGAUGCCAGUAGUGUAUGUUGUCCAUUUUGUAAUCAACCAUCGUAUGGUGUAGUUUAUACUGGUCCAUUGACAAAGGAAGAGAUACAGAAGGAUGAGAUGGAACAAGCCAAGGUUAUGGAGUUGACCAUUCAGAUGAAGAAAGAAGAGAUUGAAAAGGCAAUGAAAGAGAGUAAGAAUAAGACGAAUAGCAAUGGCGGUGGCAGUGGCAGUGGUGGUAGUGGUGGUAGUGGUAGUCAACAGCCAGUGGCAGCACCCAUUAUGAUUGCACCGCGUCCACCUCCACCUGCUUACGCUCCACCCAAACCAGUCAGUGCCAAAGUGCCACCUGCAGUCCCAAGCAGUGCUCGUUUCCAAGAUAUGCUCUACAGUGGAAGUUAUUCACCUUCCGAAGUCGAGGAACUAAUGGUACUUGAAGCCAUCAGAUUAUCUCUAAUAGCACCACCUCCUGUAAAUAAUGAAGGUUUUGUAAAUAACACCAACACCACAAACAACAGCAACAAUAAUAAUAGCAACAACAACAGUGACAAUGAACAACAACAACAACCACAACAACAACAGAAUACAGAGAAUAAUAACAAUGAUAAUCAUAAUAUUUUAGAUAAGAAAUCAACUGAUGUUACAUCAAAUCAAACUGAAACCAACAACCAUAUAAAUAGUGAAAAUAAUACUCAAGAGAGUGAAAAUAAUAAUAAUAGUGUAAAUAGAGAUAACAAUCAAAACAACAAUGAAAAUAAUAAUAAUAAUAAUAAUGAUAUUGAAUCAUUGCUGUCAACGACAACUAGCUUGGAUAAAGAUAAUGAUCAAGACAAUGACAGACAACAAGUUAAUAAUAAUAAUAAUAAUAAUAAUAAUGAUGAUAUCAUUGUUCCUGUAACUACAACAACUACUACCACAACAACAACCACCACUACAACAAAUACAAAUUUAUCAAAUAGCAAUAAUAAUAAUGGAACUAAUAAUACUAAUAAUAAUAAUCAUAAUAAUACAUCUACUAUUGUUAAUAUUACAUCACCACCAUCUAUUAACAAUCAAGAGUCCGACAGUGGUAGUGAACGUUUCUUUCAAUCCAACUGUGCAACUGUUUCAACAUCGAUAUUGGACGAUCACAGUAAUCUAGAUAUGGAGUUGCGUAGUGAGAGCUCUAUUCUGAGCAGAGAGGAGUUGAUCAACAGUCAACAAGAUGAUUUCCUACACGAAGAGAUGGAUGGUGUCAUUCCACAGUCAUUCGAAGACAGAAUCAAAAACCAUCUGUCACACUCUAGACACUCCUCAAGCAGUAGUGGUUCCGAUAAACAGCUAAAGAACAGCUAUGGUUUUAACAACAAUUUCACCAACAGCAAUAACAGCAACAGCAGCAGCAAACAACAAUCAAGAUUGAAACCAUCGAAUCUUUCCAUCGAUGACAACAACAACAACAGCAGCAGUGCCAGUGCUCAGGUUGUUCCCAACAACAACAACAACAACCCCACAACUACUACCAACAACAACAACAAAAACAAUCACAUCGCACUAUCGAGCAGCAGCGAUAACAACCUGAACCAAAACGAUAGCAGUAGCAGCAGCAGUCAUAGCAACAACAGUAACAGUGGUGACAAUGACAAGGGUGAUGAAUCGCCAAGCUCAAACAUCGCAGUCAACCAAUCGGAGACUGACCACAAUAGUAUAGUCACCAGUCCACCCAUUUCCGAGAGCAACCAGCAUCAGGCCAAUGAAGAGGUAGAGUCAGUCACCGGACUCGAGGUGGAGAGUGACGAAUCAAAGAUUGAAAGCAAUCCAUCAAACGAUAGCAUCAAUUUGGUAAAAUCCAAUGAUAAUCAAGCAUCGCAGCAGGACUCUGAAUAUCUUUCCAACUCAUCUGUAAUCAAUGAUGCCACCCUUUCAAACUCUUUAAAUAUUAGCAAUGACUGGUAG